UUUUUGAUCUGUAUAUUACAACUGAUCAGGUUAACUUUAACUCUUCUUCAUUGUCAAAUUGAUGUGCAUAUUGCAAAAUGUGAAGACUGCUUUAUAAUAGAAGUUUUAUGUACUAAUAAUGGAACAUUAAGUGCAUAAUGUCUAAACAAACAAGAAAUGCAAACAAGAAUGUUGCUAAUGUGGAGUCCCGCCAUGCUGAGCGUGAUCGAGAUGUUGGCUUGCCACGAAUUGUAGCACGCGUUUGGGGUUUAAUAUCUGGAAUUUCGUACGUUAGUAACGGUGGGUAUUUAUUAGUUCAGUCUGGCGCUGAUGGAAAAUGCCAAGGAGCUGGAGCAUAUAUGAUAGUUGUAGGUAUUGUAAUAAUCAUUAUGGAGUGUGCGUGCUGUAUUUGUCCAGGUGCUAAGAAUAACUGCUGUGAUAAAUUCGAAACAAAAUUUCCAUUUUGGGCGAGAGGUUUGAUGUAUUUUGUAUCUGUAAUACCUCCAUUAAGCUUAUGCUUUGGUGUGAAGACGUUGAUCUCAUCUGUUAUUGUUAUCAUGUUAGCAUUGUUGUACUUUUUUUUAACUUGUCUAGUCAGAAGUAACAAAUACCAGCGAUUGGAGGGUGCUGCACGUCAAAAAUAUCAAGAGCAAAAAAAGAACGCUUCAUACACGUACAACGCUGUGACCUACACACAUAACACUUUAAAUCAGUUGAAAACAAAUGCUGCUGCAACAAAACAAGCCGGUCGCAAAAGCAGACCGAAGAAGAACAAACCAAGAGCAAAUCCUAACACAUGAUUUUAUUUCUUAGCUAGGUUUUUAUAUUUCAUGAUUUGUUUUUUAUAAUUAACUUGUGUCACUAAUUAACACACGUUGACUACAGAUGGUGAUUGAUUUAUUUAUCAAUAAAAAAAAUAUUUUUCUUGAAAUUUCCGGCGGCGCAUUUAAAUAAUGUUAAAAACUGUUGGAUUUUUUUUACCAGUAGGCAAUAAUUUGUGUUCGUGAAUAACGUCAAAAUGUAACCUUGUCAAAAACUCAGCCACUGCACUUUAAUUUUUACGCAAUUCCAAUUUCCUUUUCGUCGAGAUAGCGUAAGGUAAAAAACCCGACAAAAUUGACUAGGGGAGCGAAAGAGCAUAUCACGGAACAUUAUUACAAUUCUUUUGUCUGAAAAGGUUUUUGACAUUAUUUGGGUGUAACUGUUUACUACAAUUAAAAUUCGGUAAAUGUCUGUUACAGUACAAAAAUUCUGCGUCGAUCUUCACGUCAAGAAAUAACUGUGGUUUAUAAUUGUUUUGCUCAACAACAUGGUUUGUUUGUUGCGAUAAAAUUGUGUAUUUUUAAUUUUAUUAUUUAUAAGCUUUUUUUUGUUUCAAAAUCAUUUUUGUAUUUCAUUUUAUUUAUAACACGUUGCUUUCUUUUAUAAAUAAUUUUUGUAAAUACUGGAUUGUUUUUAAUACUUAUACGAAGGGCUCAUCAUUAAGAGUUUUCAGAAAUCAAAUUUCGCAGAAAGUUUGACUCUGCUGGCAACUCUUUUUGAAAGCAUUUUGGUGUCUUUUUUGAUUUAUAUUUUUACCAUACUUUUGAGAAUUCUCAUGUCUUCUCAAAAGCAUUAUGUUCAUGAACUAGAGAGUGUACUCAUAUCAACGGAAACCUUUGUAGCUAUAUUUUUAGAAAAUACGUAUUCAAUUUU